CCUCUUCUUCCACACCCGCCUCACUUCAUCCCGCCGCAUGUCCCCGCACCUUCCACCGCAUCUGCUCAUCACACGGGCCCGUGGAGCAGCUCCGGACACGCGGCUGUGAGCUGACCGGCAGAGGGGUCGUCUCUACCGACAGACACUUACCAUGCAGGAGAUGUAACCCUCCUCCCUCUUAUUCCUUGCGUGCCAUCGGAAGAAACCCAAAACAGGAAAUAAAAAAAGAGACACUACGUGUAGUGAAUCAAGAUGUCGGCCCCUGACCCCUCCACCACAGUGGACCCCCCACUGCCACCCACCACACCGGGCACCCCUGUGCAGCUCUCCUUCCCUUUCCUGAGGGAGGGCAGCCGGGUAUGGGAGAGGGAAAGGAAACCGCCACAGCCAAGAGAGCUGCCCAGCCCACUGCCCACCAAGCGCACCCGCUCGUACUCAGCGACAGUGCGAGCCAAAUCAGGUCCAGUAUUUAAAGGGGUGUGUAAAAACUUCUCCAGGUCGCAGGGUCAUGGAUUCAUUCAUCCUUCUCAUGGAGCAGAGGACAUCUUUGUCCACAUCUCUGACAUCGAAGGAGAGUACGUGCCUAUGGAGGGCGACGAGGUCACAUACAAGGUGUGUCCCAUCCCUCCAAAGAACCAGAAGAUCCAGGCUGUGGACGUGGUGCUCACCCACCUGAAUCCAGGCACCAAGCACGAGACCUGGUCUGGUCAGAUCAUCAGCUCAUAGACCAGGGCUUUAGGCCUGCACCGAUUGGAAAAAGAAAGUUCUUGUAAUGGAGCCGGAAGGGGAGGGGAUGUAUGUUUUCAGGUUCUGUGGUUCGGAACCAGGUGUGAGAAAGAGGGAUCAGAGGUAGAACGUUAGAGUAUUAAGGUUAGGGUGAGAAAUUAAGCUUUGAAUGUACUUGUUGGAAUGUCUUUCUUUGAGGGUCAGGGUUUCAUCGUUUAGGUUGAGCGGUCAAAAGUUGCAGGAUCUCUCAUGCAACUUUACUUUGAGCUCCAGAGUAUAAUAAAACAUCAGUGGUGUCUUUGACCAGUUGAACAUGAGAUGUGUUAGAGGCCGAAAUGCAUUAAGAUCAAAUUUUAUACAAGUCCAUUGAUCCUCCAUGAGCACACGACUGAGGAGUUUGAUGUUAAGAGGACCGGCUCCGUGGAGGUUUGAAUUUUACUCCCACUUUUUUUCCGUUGUUCUCAAAAAUAAUUUCAAUUGCGCUGCCAAAAGUCAGUUGUUGAACGUCUGUGUUUGUGUUUACAAACAGAUGGAGACACUUUUGCAAUGGCCUUAUCUCUUGUGUAUUUUCAGACUUGGCUUACUAUGAAAUGAGCAGCUCGUCAGAUCUGUCUUCAUCUCACUGCCUUUAAAGAGUCAAAAUACAUCUAAAUGAGUAUAUUUACAGUCGUAAGUAAGUUUGUACACACUCUCAGUUCUGUCCCAGCUCUACUCUUAAUGAGUUUCGGCCUCAAGAGCUGUGAGCUCCACAUAUACGGAAUUAUCUUCCUUCCUAACUUUGUAGCACUACUGUGUUUUUGUCUUAAUGGCAAAUGUAGAAAUCCAGUGUUAUUGUAGCCAGCUCCUAUGAUGGUCUUAUGUUUCGGUGGGUGAGACUGUAGGAAGAACAAUUGUGAGCCUGCCACAGGAAAACCAGGCCGGAGGGUUUGGAGUUUGGAGUUUGGGGGAGAAGGAAACUGGAGAGGGAAAGUAAACCGGGCAGAAGAUGGAGUGAUCGUCUAUAAAUGUACUUGAUGCCGCUAGAUUUGAAAUGUUGCAUAGCACUUGUAAGGAGGAAGACCAAGAUGAAAGUCAGCAGCUAUCAUCAUAUUGGAUUCUUAGUUUGGUGCAACAGGGUAAAUAAAUGUUCUGGGAAAUAUUUUUACUUGCUUUGUCGCUCAGAGUUAGAUGAGAAUCAAUCUUCUUCUCUGGCUGUUGCAGGUAUAGCAUUUUUCUAAAUCAGGGUCCAUUGACAAAGCGGGGGCCAAAUAUAUGUCCAUAAUCCAUACGCUAUCCUUGAUUCAGUAAGAUGCACAUUUACUUUGUAAAAAGAUGGGUCAAACUGAGGAAGAUGAACUGCUGACUUUUAGGCUGAAGGUUAAGUAAAGUGUCAUUGGUCCUUGUAGAUGACGUUAAGAAAUUGAAGGGAAUAAAACAAAGCAGCAAAAGCUCUAUGAUUUAAGUUUAGAAAGACUUAUUUAUUGACUUAUUUAUUAUCAUUUGUAACUAUGAGACAUCAGGCGUUUGGUAUUUAUAAGUAUUUGUGCAAAUCUAAACCUGUUUGAAUACACUGCACACCUCACUCUAAUGAUACUACGCUGUUAAAGAAAACCUCGUUGCUACUGCCAUGUCAAUGUAGGGAUUUAAAAAACUAGCUUUCCAUACAUGAAUUACUAAUUUCUACUUAAUACUUGUCUAAUUUUUUAAAUAACUAUGUGAGCAGUUUUGUUGUUUUCGAAAUGGCACGUACUGUUUGUUGUAAUUUAUACGUAGAACACGUUGAGUGGGUCUCAUGCAGUGAUACAGCCGGAGCCUUCAAAGGGGCGUUGUCAGGUCUCCUAUGCAUCUUUUUUUUUUUUUUUUUUCUUGCCACGGUUAUGACUUAACAUCAUGUAGUAACACACUGUAUCUGUUUGUUUUAUUUUAAUGUGAGAGAAACAAGUUUGUUUCCCCAAGCAAUUUUAUUUUUUGAGUCAAACCACUGUGACAGUCAGUCUUUAGUCAUGAUAACGUUUUAAUAAAACUUACUACUGUGUUCAA